UGCUGUCGUCGCUCUUGGGCCCUCCGGGCUGCGCCGCUCCCCAGUGCCCUAGGCUGCUAAGCUGGUCUGAGCCCUAGGCCGGCUCUACGGGGACUUCGGCGCACGCAUGGACCUGCCCGCGCCCGGCGGGAAGCGGCCAGGCUGGCGGUGGCCCGGGAGGCGGAGCAGGGCCGAGGCAGCGGGCCCCUGAGCGCGCGCCCUGCAGGCCCGGCCGCAGCACCAUGAUGCCCGGCGAGACGCACCCGGCGGCGCCCGGGCCAGCCGACCUCGCGCGGUGUCAAGGCUGCGCCUCCCUGCAGCAGAACUUAAAUGAGUAUGUUGAAGCAUUAAUUGCCUUGAAACAAAAAAUUAUUAAUACAGAUAACCUGCUGACAGAAUAUCAGAAGAAAUGUGAUGAGCUGCAGUUUGCAAGAAGAGAGAACAGCACACUGCAUCACCAAGUGGAGCAGAUGCUUCAGAAAAUCUCCCCACUGCAGAAGUGUCAAGAAGAAUUGGGAUCCUUAAAAGCUGAACUGGAGGAGAAAAAGAGUUCUCUGAAGCUGUAUCAGAACACUCACCAAGAAUAUGCUCGUGUGAAAGAAGAAUGCCUGAAAAGUGAUGCCCAGAAGAAGAAGCUGGAGGCCAAGGUGAAGAGGCUGGAAGAGGCUGCUGUCAAGCAAACUCAGGACUUCAAGCAAUUGAGAAAUGAAAAGAAAAUACUUGAAAAGGAGUUUAAGAAGACACAGGAAAGGCUUGAUGAAAUUUCCAAACAGACAAAUGAAAAGGAGUUGAGACACAUUGGAACACAGAUCUCAAGUGACUCUCACGGAAGCAUAGAUAAAAGGAAGGUAAAAGUUCUCUUGAAAGAGCUGUGGCUCUGUGUGAACACUGCACACAGACUGUCCGGAGAGAGCAGCAGGCGCAUCCCAGAAAAACCUGCCAAAGGAAACACCAGAGCCUCUGGGGAAGAUGAGCUGUUCCAAGGGCAAGGCAGCCCUGGCAGGACUGCAGACAUGCCAUCUUUCUUCACCAAGCUGUCCAUGGAGAUGGAGGGUGACUUUACUUCCUCUGAAAGUGCAGAAGAAGAGCCGCCUGGUGGAGCAAGCCCCAGCACUGAGCAUUUGCUUCAUGAGGAGCAGCCUUCUGCAGUCUCGGUGCAGAGGCCUGGUGAUGACAACAGGACCAACGUCUAUAACGGUGAACACUGUCCUGAUGAGGAUCUUCAAGCUGCAAUUGACUUCUUCAAACUUCCCCCUCCUCUUCUGUCUCCAGUGCCCUCUCCUCCUCCGAUGACAUCGCCACACCUGGGCUCUUUACCUUCCUCCCUGGCACCUGAAUCCUCCUUUGGCGAGUUCAUGGAUUCUAGCGACGACAGCAGCUCUGCCCCUCUUAGAAGCUCUGUGGAGUUGGCUUCAGAAUCUUAUACAGCAGAGUCACGGGGUUAUCUUGGCUUGCUUGAAAAAAUUAGAAGGAGUGAUACAUGUGUGGAGAAGCCCAGGUCACCGGAAGCUGCCCAAGCUGCAAACAAACUGACACGUGUUGGAUUUGAUCCUGGCAGAGCAGAACUGGGAGAACCACCAGCCCCACCAUCUCCAGCUUGGGGAAGGCACUGGAUAGCACCAUCUAAAUUCGUGAGGGACAGAGGAGAGUUUGUACAAGAGGCAGAAAGAAAGGCGGAAGUCAGGGAGAUGGAUAAGUCUGUGCAAGUUGGGAAAGGGCUGCUUAAGCAUAAUAGGAGACUGUGCGCAGAGGUGGCGUCUAGAGGCCCAGCACGGAAGAAGGAAGCUGGAACUGCGGAAUCAGAUAUUUGUUAUUCUCCCCUUGGCAAGAGGACGUUCAGUGAACUCAUGGAAUCUGAAGGAAAAACCCUGUCAUCAAAAGCACUGUUCACACCCCAGUCAGAAUUUUCUGAAUGGACACUCUCUGAUGAAUUUGCUUCCAAGUUGCACCAUGUGACAGGUUCUGGCCAUUUUCAGAGAGAGAAAAGAGAUGUUCAGGAGUGCACUCUAGAGUCAGGCGCGCAAACACUCGCAGCACGGCGCGGCCGUUCAGCCAGUCUUCCCUCCUCUUCCUCUGCUACCUCGAUACCUGUGUCUGUCUGCAGUAACCACCAGGCUUCAUGGCUAGGCACUGUCAGUGUGAGUUCUUCAGCAGAAGUUACCUGCAGGGACCAGCAGCGAUCAGAACAAAAGUCACCAAUGAGAACUCUAAAUACAUUUCUUCUGCAGUCUGAGCCAGCAGCACGUUUUCUAAAUGAAAAUGACCCAGAAAACAGCUUGCCUGCUUUGUGUCCCAAGUCAAAAUUAGGAACAUCUACCUUUAGUGAUUGGAAGAGCAGGCACCUGGAACCGUUCAGGGCUUCAAAAAGCACAGCAAAAGCAUGCUCUCUUCCCCAGUCAAUAUUUCAGAAGCCGGGAAGUGGGCAGGGUAAAGGCCGAGGUCCUAUGCUCACACUGCCUAAGUCAGACUGGACAUCAUUAGUACAGUCUCAGGCUGGCUCCGCCAAAAGGAGCCCUGCCCCUACCGACAGCACCUCGUGGCACCGCAGUCAUGUCCUAAGGCGAGGUAAUGUGGGCAGACUCAGAGCUACCUCAGAACAACAAAGGGCCAGGCUACAGCCAGAGAAGGUAGCACCAGCCCCACAGAACAGCAGACUGGCAGCCAUGCGUGGACCUCUUGGAAAAAGUAUCCUCCUUCCGGAACUCAAGGCAGCUGCUGCUUUGUUGCCAAACCAAGUGUCCGUCAUAACGAAGCAGGCAAGGCCCAAGAUGAUGCAGAGUUGCAGCCUGGAGCACUGGCAGCCACGUGGGAACACACCAAGCCCAGCUACAGAUGAUGGCGAGGAAAGAAGUCCUGCGUCAUCGGUAGCAGAGUGUGCUAGAGACGGGAACCCCACAACACAAGGCCUUGAGGGGGUCACUGAUGAAGAAAGUCCUUCUCCAGAAGUUCCUGUGUCUUGGCGAAAAACGAAUUGUGAUUCUCCAAGUAGUUCCUUGCAGGCAGAGAAUUUUCGUUGUUCUACAGAUUAUAAAUUACCUUUCUCCUCUGAAGACAAUCUCUUCCAGAGCCUGUGUGUCAGGAAUGAGCCCUUGCUGCAGAGGCCCAGGAAGUCUCCCCAAACCACACAGUCAGGUGCCAGCAGGCUGGAGGCUAGGGAGCUCCUUCCAUCUAGGGUGACAUCCAGAGGCUGUCCUGCUAAACAUAUGCGCCGUGGAGCCCAUCACCAGCCAAACAGUGAGGCCCCUGUAGUUGCAAGAAAUUCUCCUAGUGCUUCUCGGAAUGCCAGUGCACCCCCCACAGUGCCAAGCAGGGGUCUUAGAACUCGUGCACCCACAGGCCCUGUUUGUCCUUCAGUCCUUGGCAGUGUAGAUGAGGAGACCCCAGGGACUUCCCAAAGCAGUCUCCCUGGGGUUUUCUACUGCUACACGGGCGUCAGAGAGCAGGGAGAGGAGGACACUGAGGUAGAGGAUGAGGCCAUUAGUUGCAGUGAGGGCGAGCAUGAGGCUGAAGCUGUGAUGGGGCACAGACAGCAGGAUGCAUCAAGAGACUUGCAGAGACAUUUGGGAGACCCGGAGGCUGUGGCGGGUGAGGCAGGGCGCGCCUCAGAUGUAGGAGCCCUGACCUCAGCGCUACAGGAAUGCAACUUGAGCACCUUUCUUUACCUAGACAAGCGGUCUACAUCAGAGGUGGUAAUGUUUCUUGAAAGUUGUCAGGUAAGGGACUGUAGUUCAAGGGCUUCUGUUUCAGAAAGUUCUAGUAAAGGAACCCUAAGUGAAGAAGUGAGCAAAGUGUUAAAGCAAAGCAAGGUCUCCAGAAGGAAAUGUGAGAAGAGGUUCCGCGAAGAAGAGCUACUGAGGGCCUCCAAUGAGUCAGACAGAGACAACUGUAAUGUCAGGGAUUCACACCAACGUGUUCAGUGUCCUCAGGAAAUGCCAUCUGAUGUUCUCACCAAGACCAGGGAAAAUCUCGACACUAACUCUGGGGCCUGUGGAGGGAAGGAUACCGAGCAUGUAUUGCUUGUAAAUAUGGAUCAUGGCCAGGCAGAUGAAGAUCUGACAGAAAGCACUCUGCCUGAGGAAACACCCAGCCCCAUGUCCCACACUGCUCAGCUGCCAGAACCAGCAACUGUGGAUGCUGGAGGCAGCUCCCCACGAAGCAGCCCGUCUGACCCUGAGCACAUUCAGAGCAGAUCUGAGGAUGAGACCAAUUCUGGGGGGUGUCCCAGUACUGGGGAAGAGGGACCGAUAGAACCUGGGGAGCUGUUGGCCCUGAGCUCUGACUCUCCAGCCCCACCAAGGACAGAGCAGGGCUCGGACUGUGUGGCAGAGACAGCAUUUCACUAUCAGAUCUCUGCAGUGACUUCCGAAGUUAUAAAUGUACUUAUAAAUAAUGAUGAAGACCUCGUGAUCGAAAAGGGGGACAACUGGACGAUCAUCAGUGGCCUUGCCCUCUCCCCUGGCCUGGAGCAAGUCAUUCUGUGUGAUGCUCUUGAGGAUGAUGCUCCUGCCCAGGGUCAGGAAGAUCUGGACGAUGGUUCUGUGGAGAAGUCCCCUGCAGCUAGUCCUGCUGGCCCUCUACCUCAAGAGCCUCUGUGUGGUGGUGCUCUCUCUGAUGCUCAGGAGGAUAUUUGCAGCAGUGGUCAGAGUGCCAAUUUUGAUAAGAGUCGUCUUCGGAACAGGCCCGUGAAACCAAGCAUCUGGAUUCGUUCCCAGAUGUAUGACCAGAUGCUUGAGACUGAAAAAGUUGCAUCUGAUCACACAUAUUGUAACUGGAAAUUAGAGCCAGUUGGUAAAAAUAAGAGUCGAUCAAAGAUUUCCAACAAAGACCAGUCAAGCAAGCUAGCAAAGCCACCAGGACUCAGCAGAGAGGAAGUGCAUCUAAAUGGAGUCCCUCAGCCAGCAUCAGGGGAAAGAACAAAUCCAAAAGUGCCAAGGAGCGAAGCUCAGCCCACCAUGGCAGGUGCAGAUACAUCCACCCUCACCAACUGUUCUCCUGAUACUCUGAGCAAGAUCCGGCAAGAAGUGGGGCCUCCACUGCCUCCCUUGCUCCCUCCACUAAUAGCCACACCUCCAAGGACAUCACGGUCACGAUCUCCUCUGAUACCAAGUCCUAGUCCAUCCUCACAAUCUUCACCUGCUGGCCAUGGUUCCCCCUUGUGUGAGGUGCCAGCCCUUCCUGUAUUGUCUCCAUGGCCCGAAGAACUCCAGCAGGCCUCCCCUCUGGAUCCCUCUCCAUCCCCUUCCACUGCAGUAGCCAGUGGAAGGAUAAUGUCCUCUCCUUUGCAGUUCUGUGCUGCUACACCAAAGCACGCACUUCCCGUGCCUGGCCGACUCCCAUCCUGUGCACCAGGCCAUGCUGCUGUGAGUGGGUCACAGGAGAGCUCUGUUAAAAUCCUUGACACCAUGUACCCAGAGUUGUCUGCCAGGGCCCGGACCCUCAGCCUCCUCAAAGGGAACAUGCAGCUGUCCCGAGGCUCUUCUGUGGAUGGAAAGGUGUUGCCAGGGCGUGUCAGUGCUCUCCUAGGACUCAAAGCUAUCACCUCAACAUCAACUGCUUUUGUCCUAACGGGGGGCAGUUCUGGUGGUGACAGUAGCCAAGGUAAGUCUCCAGACUUGGAAUUGGAGCAGGAUGCAGGUGGGAAAAGAACCCUAGCAGCAUCCACACUGAGGAGUGCUAAAAGGCUGCGCCUGGACAAUGAGUCCCCAGAGCCAGACACCAGCGAGCUUACAGCAGAGGGCAUCCCUGAGGCCCCCCAAGAAGGACUCCCACCAGCUGAAAGUGUCCCAGCUGAGGAAGAGCAAGCUGAUAUCCCAGCCUGCGGUCCAGCAUCUCAGCUGCGUGUAAACCCAAGGGGAAUGGCAGAGUCAUAUAACAUAGCCAUAGCCCGGGCUCUGAAGAAGAUAGCCGAGUCCUCCUUUGACCUGCUUCCUGUCAUUCGUAGUCAUGUGUAUGUGGGAAAUAUCUCCAAAAAGCCUGUCAUGAGAGAUCAAGAGAAAGAAGUGGUUUAUGAAUUUAGCACAACAAACAAGCACUUAGGAGAAUACUUACUUCGCUCUAUUCUCUCAGAGCUAAAGGUUCAGAAGACAUCUCUGGACCACAGUUACAUCCAUGCCCUGUGCAGAGUGUAUGUGGGUAUUUGUCGGCAACUUGGAGACUUGGAAAGAGCUCGCUUGUUCUGUUACAGCCUCCUGAAGGAAGAUUUUCCAGAAUCUGAGAAGUUGACUCUGUUCAUUGCAAACAUGUGGCGUGAAGUAUUUCUCUCCCAGUCAGCCAUUAGUCAAGCAAUGCAGCUGGUUGCCAGACAGCGUGCCAGAGGGGAGGUUCUGAACUGCUUGAGAGCUUUCCUGAGUUGGGAAAAGAAUGCUCCUAUCGAUGUUGGGAUCGUGGUCUCUAAGCUGCUCCUGACCAUACAGCUGUGCCCCAAAACAGAAUUUCAGUCGAGUGAAGAGUUUGGCGAGGACCUGAGUGCAAACAUUUGGGAAUACAUAUUUGCCAUUGACCUCCUCUGCUGCCAUCAGAGGUGGAUUUGGACGCAUGACAACAUCAUAAGUAAGGAGCUGUGGCCUGUGAUGGAUAAGUGGAUCAAAUACAGGAAAGGACAUUCAAACAUCGCAUACACCCCUGAUGUUAUUGUGGCAUCUGUGCUGAGACUGAUCGGUCGAUUAGGCCAGUUGGGUUUGAAGGAAGGAUUUCCAACCGCUGUGAAGAACAUGAGCUCGGUUAUUGGUAUGUUCAUACAACAUGCUCAGGAUGAAGAUAUCCCAUGGGGUGUGCAGCUCGCAGCUGUGUAUGCCCUUUGUGACUUGAGUCCUAGCAAUCCAGCAGAGAUAUCCAAGAUCCUGGAGGCUUGGCGGACACAGACUUCCAACACUAUCCCAUCCGCAAUCGUCAGCUGCCUGGCGGAGGUUGGCUCCCUGAGUGCUGAUGGCUCAGCUGACUCCACAAGUACAGGAGACUCUGCUCCCUGAAAGCUGGGGCCUCAGCUCUCUGUGAUGAGAGGGUCACCUGAAGGUCGUGGUCACUGCAGAGAGAAGUGCCUUGACACCUUUUGCUGUAAAGAACUGACAGCGAAGGACUUCAGCUGAGGUCCAACAGAGAAAGGCAUUAGCAGGUGACACGAGAACAUGCCUCAUGGCUUGACAAGGAGGCAGAGGAGCAAGCAGUUGCAUUUUCCCCUAUACCACAUGCAUUUUAGUUAUGGCUGUAUGGUCACAUGACAUAGAUUGUAUUAUUGUUUCUUGGUCAAACAACAAAAACUUGAACUUAGCCCUUUUUAUUUUUUGGCUGCAAAAAGUGUCCUUUUUAGUGGCUUUUAAAGAUUGAGUGGCAUUUUUAUAAUCUUAAAAGUAAAAAAAAUGACAUGGUCCCCGAGCCGUUUUAGAGUUUAUGCUCAAAUAAGUGGCUAGGCAAAAGCAAACUGGCUUUUAAAAACAAGAACUAAAUGAGUCUCUCACUGUCAUAGCUGGAAAUGGCUACAGAAGUAUUCCCACAGUGUAAU